UCAAUAUUCCAGUUUCUGUCUGAACUUCAAAGAGCUACUACCGAGGUUAUCACAAUGUCUCCCAUUUUUAUCGUUUUAAUCAUCGUUGGAGUUGCAUCUGCCCUUUCUCCAAUUCUUCCUGAACCAAUCCGAGACUGUGGACCAUACGCAGCCUGGAGAGAAUGUGGAACAAGUUGCCCAACAUCAUGCGAUAAUUAUAAAAGCUCUGAUACUCUUAUUUGCCCAGCAGUUUGUCGAAGCGGAUGUGUGUGUAUCGAUGGUCGCAUCAAAAAAUCUGGUACUAGCAUGGAGUGCGUUUUGCCCGAAGAAUGCCAGCAAUAACAUUAUUCAUUUAUUAACAAAAAACGAAA